CGACACAUAGCAAGAAGAGAGCACAUUGACAUUGCAUUGGCCUCAGACUGAUUUAUCGAUUACGGUCGACUUUAACAACAUAUAUAUUCGCUCUGAACAGCAAGGGGGAUAUUUUCGGGGCUCAUCAUGGGUUCAGUGUUGCCUGCAGAUGCUCUGGUUCUGAAGGCUGGAUUUAAGCAGCAGUCUCUGGCUCUGUCCGACAUCAUCACUUCAGACAUCCUGCACAGUUUCCUGUACGGCCGCUGGAGGAACGUGCUGGGGGAACACCUGUUCGAGGAGAAGACCGCCACUGUCAGCCCCAAAACUGCCUUCACCGCAGAGGUCCUGGCGCAGUCAUUCUCUGGAGAGGUCCAGAAACUUUCCAGCUUAGUUCUGCCAAGUGAAGUCAUCAUUGCACAGAGCUCGAUUCCCGGAGAAGGACUUGGCAUCUUCUCCAAGACUUGGAUAAAAGCUGGCACCGAAAUGGGUCCAUUCACAGGCAGGGUCAUUUCACCCGAGCAUGUGGAUCUCUUCAAGAACAACAAUCUCAUGUGGGAGGUUUUCAAUGAAGAUGGCACAGUGCGCUAUUUCAUCGAUGCCAGUCAAGAGGAUCAUCGCAGCUGGAUGACUUACAUCAAAUGCGCGCGCAAUGAGCAAGAACAGAACUUGGAGGUCGUGCAGAUCGGAAGCAGCAUAUUUUACAAAGCAGUAGAGACAAUACCUCCAGAUCAAGAACUGCUUGUGUGGUAUGGGAAUUCCCAUAACACCUUCCUGGGCAUCCCAGGAGUACCUGGCACAGAGGAAGAACAGCAGAAGAAAACUAAAACUGAUGAGUUCCACCUGUGCGACACUGUCACCGCUGCCGCCCUGUCCACUGCCAGCCGCAUGCGCUGCGUCAUCUGCCACCGUGGCUUCAACUCCCGCAGCAACCUGCGCUCCCACAUGCGCAUACACACCCUGGACAAGCCAUUUGUCUGCCGCUUCUGCAACCGCCGCUUCAGCCAGUCCUCCACCCUCCGUAACCAUGUGCGUCUCCACACAGGCGAGCGCCCCUAUAAAUGCCAUGUCUGCCAAAGCGCUUAUUCACAGUUGGCAGGGCUGCGGGCGCACCAGAAGAGCGCCAGGCACCGGCCGGCCAACACAGGGGCUGUUGUGGGGCUUCAGGCCCACUCGCCUCCACCUCCUCAGCUGGCACAGGUUCCACACCCAGCCUCCCUGGUGCAUCACAUACCCACCAUGGUGCUAUGAGAAAGCACGAUACACUCGAGAUGUCAGCAGUCCCACAGUUUGACUGUUCGUCAAAAGCACAAGUGUGUCAGUGCCAAGCCGGCCCUGAAAACUCUCACUUAAGUGGAUACUUUGCAGUUCCCAAAGGUGAAAAUGUGAACAGACAUGACAAACAACGCCUGCAGAACUCAGCACUGAAGUAAAGACGAUGGUCAUGGAAGGGCUGUAUCGUGUUGAAAUUAUGCCAGAACUACAUGCACUGUCGGCUCUAUGUGGCAGAUAUCUGCCUCAUAACAAUGUGAUCAAACACUGUCACUUAAGAUGAUCAGUAGUCAGUGCAUCUUUUAUUCACAUUUGCAUGCAGUAGAAUUGUUUUGUCCCAUUCCCUCUAAGCCACACCACAUUAUUUGCUUUAGCCACUCUACGAAGUGAAUGGAUCCACUGGGAUCAAGCACCACUUAGUGACCGAUUUACGUCACUGCAGGCCAAUCAGAGCAUGUUUAUUGUCGAAUGAACGAUAUGAAGUAUGUAAAGGAAUGUACAUAGGAUUUGAACUUUUACGUCCAAAAACAUGGAAUAGUCACUUUAUCUGUGUAUGUAUGUAAAGCUUAAAGUAUUAUUACAAAACUUGGUUCUAUUAUAUUAUGUAUACUAUGUUUGCUUAUAUAAAAUUAUUUGGGUAUUCUCUUGUAUGCUCAAUAAAUAAUUAACAAA